UCUCAUCCCAUCAAUCUGCAGGCUCCCACCGGCCACCGCAGCCCACAGCCCCAGAUCGGACACGCCUGACGCCUGCAGACCACGCAACCGGCAGAGAGGUGACAGAUCGUAUACUGACAUGAAGCCGAGGUCUUCUUGUUCUCCCAGUCCCGGCACUAGCAGAGCACUGGUCGUGCUGCUGCUAUGCUGCUUGUGCAGCUCCGUCGCGAUGUCUCAGACUGCCGACUCGUGCACCAGCACCAGCACCACCACCGGCCUCGCCGCCGUCAGCCGCCUCAUCCCCUUCGACACCUCCAACCUCACCUGCUUCGACGCAUGGACCUCCCAAGGCUUCAUCCUGCGCUACGGGAAGAGCGGGCAGAACAACACGUGGAGCUUCGUGCUGUCGGCGCCGGACGGUGGCGGCUACAUCUCGGUGGGGUUCUCGUCGGACGGGUCCAUGGUGGGGAGCAGCGCGGUGGCCGGCUGGACGACCGGCGGCAGCGGGGUCGGGGUGGCCAAGCAGUACCGGCUGGGCGGCACGAGCCCGGGGAGCUGCCCGCCGGACCAGGGCAGCCUGGCGCUGGUCCCGGGCACCACGCUCCUGGUGGCGCAAUCGUCGCGCCUCUACCUCGCCUUCCAGUUCACCGCCGCCGACGCGCAGCAGCAGCCGCCGCCCUACCUCAUCUACGCCGUCGGGCCCUCGGGCGCGCAGCUCUCGAACAACUACCUCGUGCGGCACCGCAGCUACGCCUCCGCCGCCGUCGACUACGCCACGGGCGUCGCCGCGUCCACCAGCGCCGGCGCGUUCAACACGAGGAAAUGGCACGGCGCGAUGGCCGGGCUCGGGUGGGGCGUGCUCAUGCCGGUCGGCGUCGCGCUGGCGCGCUACUUCAGGCGCCACGACCCGUUCUGGUUCUACGCGCACGUCUCCGUGCAGGGGGUCGGGUUCGUGCUCGGCGCCGUCGGUGUCGCCGCAGGGUUCAAGCUCCGCGACGACGUGCCCGGCGCCGACAGCCACCAGGCGCUCGGCGUCGCCGUCCUCGUCUUCGGCUGCCUCCAGGUGCUGGCGUUCCUGGCGCGGCCGGACAAGGGGUCCAAGGUGAGGCGGUACUGGAACUGGUACCACCACUACGUCGGCCGCGCCGCGGUGGCCUGCGCCGUUGCCAACGUCUUCAUCGGGCUGUCCAUCGCGCACGAGGCCACCGCGCUCAGCGCGUUCUACGGCGUCUUCCUCGCGGUCGGCGUCCUCGCCUCGGUUGUUCUUGAGGUCAGGCUCUGGAGGACCGCCAGAUCCAGCCAUUGAUUGAUGAUUGUUGAAUUCGGCGGCGCGCGCGUCUGUCUGGGUGCGUGAGGCGCCGAUUCACGUACAUCGUAUAGUACCAUUCUCUGUGCUACAUAUAUACCGUAAACCGUACUGAGCUACAUAGUGUCUUUAGGUGUUUGUAUGAGCGUAGAUGAUUUGUCUUCGUUGAGAGAUAUUUGAUUCAGUGUCUGUUUCUCCGUUUAUUUGAAUUUUCAGCUGAUUCAUUUGAUUUUGUACCGUAACCUACAGCGUAUGCAGGGUCUGGCUACAACUAUAAAUUCAAAAAUUUAUAUUCUGCUUGGCCUCACUA